UGCUUCCGAAUGUUGCAAGUAUGAACCGGAUUAUAACUAUAGAGGUUAACCUGCGUUGAUGUAAGUUCAGUCAAUGGACGUGAAAGCUUCGUCGUGAAGUUCGCGAACGAAGAGAUUGAUGCAACAUACAGCCGUUGCGAGUUGCAAUUCGGCGAAAAUAGCCGAUGCGUCAUCAUAGUGUUUACGUCGCAUAAUAAUCGCGCAUCCGACGACACCAAUAUAACGGAAGAAUUAAGAAAGCUAACGACGACGAUUCGAAUCGAUGUAUAUUUAGCCUAUCGAGUCGCAGAUUUCACGGGAUAUAUAUCCAUCGAAACGUGUUGUCUCCCACCACGCAUCUGUGUAGUGUGCAUUCGCGCUCACCGAUUAUGCAAUUGAGCUGUAAUAUUUUGCGACUUCGGAGAACGAGGAGAGUUACACAUUAUCGAUUAUGAUCGCGAACGUAUGCAUGUUUCUUGCGCGACGGUGAACGCGCGUCGAAGACCGAAGGCGCAUGAAUUUGUCGUUGCUCGCGCAAUGACAUGCGUGUUUGAUUACCUUUUUUACAACGUUUCAAAAGUCACUUAUUAAUCGUCAUGAAGAUAAUGAUUUUAUUUCUUUCUUUACGAGAACGUUCGGAAAGAGGAUAGAAUGGCAGGUGUUGUAUAUGUGAUAGGACUGCUGUUGUUAGGAGGAGCAGCAGCAUGGACCGUUGAUAUUGCACAUGAUAUAACUGUACAUAUGAAUCAAGUAAUAUCAGUUUCAUUCAGUGUAUAUAAUAAUAAUAAUAAUAAUAAUAUAUCCAACCCACAUGUGUGGUAUUUUAAUACCGACCAAUAUAUCGCAAAACUAAGUUCUCAAUUUACAAAGUCAAACAAAACUUCUUUCAGUGGUAUUUUUAAUAUCACUGGUGUAUUCCUUGGUAGGACGACAUUAACGUUUACUAUGAUGGAAAUGGGGAUUAAAGAAGAUCAAGAAGUAGCUGUUAUUACUGUAAUACGAGAGGAACGCACAAUAGACUCUAUAUUUACUGCUAGUGUAGCAAUACUUGUAUCCAUUUUGUAUAUUAAUUUUGGCUGUGCUAUAGAUUGGAACGUAUGUCGCAAUACAUUAAGAAGGCCAAUAGGUCCAGCCAUAGGUUUCUUUUGCCAGUUUCUGAUCAUGCCAUUGUUAAGUUUUCUCAUUGGAUAUCUUUUAUUUCCUGAUCGUCCUGAACUGCAAAUAGGCAUGUUCUUCACAGGGAUAAGUCCAAGUGGUGGCGCUUCUAAUAUGUGGACACUGUUACUUGAUGGCAAUCUGAAUCUUUCAAUCACAAUGACCACUAUAUGUACCAUUGCUGCAUUUGGAAUGAUGCCCUUUUGGGUCUUCACAUUGGGUAGAUAUAUUUUCGCACAGGGAAAAAUUGCAGUUCCCUAUCAGCACAUCGGAACUUUCGUGAUUGGUCUUAUAAUUCCACUGGCCAUAGGAUUUAUUAUUCAAAAAAAAUUUCCAAGAGUAUCGAAGAUUUUGGUCCGAAUAAUGAAACCUUUUUCUGUGAUUUUAAUUAUAUUCAUCAUUAUAUUUGCCAUCAUGACUAAUCUAUAUAUAUUUAAACUGUUUACGUGGAAGAUCAUAAUCGCAGGAAUGGGUUUACCCUGGUUAGGCUUUACAUUUGGUUUUAUAAUAGCGUAUAUUUGCAAGCAAUCUCAAGCUGAUGUACGGGCGAUUGCCAUUGAAACUGGUAUUCAGAAUACAGGCGUGGCGAUCUUUUUAUUACGAUUUACAUUGAAGCCACCCGUUGAUGACCUAACUACUGUGGUUCCUGUAUCUGCUGCAAUGAUGACACCGGUACCAUUAAUAAUUUUAUUUAUAAUAAAAUUGAUUUAUAAAUACAAGCAAAAAAAAACGGCAAAAGAGACACUACAGUCUGCCCCAUCGUUAGAAAAACUCCAACAAACUACAAAUGUUUCUACGCAAUUAAAUGAAUCUAAAUCAUUCGAUCGUGCAGAAUAA